AUGGCAACGGCACACACCACGCCCUCAAUCUUUUUUGCAAAGGUUCCGGACUUCAAGGAUUUGUGCUCAAUCACACUGAAUGUGUGCGACAGUUUGUCGCAAUCAGGCGGCGGAGAUCGGAAUUCAACCAAAUAUGUGGGGUCGCAACCUCAAAUUAUCAAAUGCAGAGAGUUGAUAUUCACCGAGCCCAUGAUACUCGCUUCCCCGUCCCUUCAGCAGGAGCAAAAUAUUUAUGUUAUACUGCAACAGUCGCUGUGGAAAUCCGGACGUCUUCAAGUAAGGUGUCAAAAGAUGGGCCUCCAGGUGAGUAAACCAAUGCGGGUUAUCAGUCCAGUGUUUCAGGCAUGUCUAGCCUACACUAUCAGGGCCAAACUGGCACCAUUGUGGAACAAAGCAGGGAUGUGUUACUUGCAAGGCAGAGACUUCUUGGUUGGGUCUGGUCAAAUGGCAGCCAUUGACAUGGAAUUGAACGUGACUGAAACUGAGAUCUGUCUCGCAUUGAGACCCAUGAUGGCAAAGCUGCCACGGUGCACAAUUGCUGACUUUGAAGUAUGCAGACCUGUAGUAGACCAAUUCUUUCAGUCCAAUAAUAAUGUGAUAUUGGAAUACUCCAUCGAGAAUAAAUGGUGUUACGUCUUACCUAGCUUGAAGAAAGGCAAGGUAGUUAGCAUCAGUCAUGAGAUCCCAGCGACGAGUCCCUUGAAGACCUACAAAGACAUCCGAAGAUACUGGAAGAAUGCAUAUGGAUACAGGCUGCCAGAUUCCAGUGCCGGCGUAAUGUAUUACAACAUCUACUUCCCAGCCAUUGGACCAACACUCUUCACCUACCCUGAGUACUGUAUACGAAAGCAGGAGACAACUCUUCAAACAAGAGUAGAUCCAGCACCCAUCAUCAAUGCAUUCAUCGCCGAUCUGCGGUAUAAGUUACCGUCAGUGUGCAGUGCGGUCUUUGAAGUGACGCCCAAGGCUCAGUUCACCAACACAGGGUUAUACCAGUCAGGGCAGAAGGAGGGAUGUCUGUCUGAUUUGUCCCUGUCCAGCACCCCACCUCCGACGUCUGUCCGCCGGAUCCCUACACGUCAGCUGACCUUCCAAGGCUCCCUAAGCCCCAAUAGAUUAACAUCAUGCACCGUGCCGGGCGCACCGCACCCCAUCAUUACACCAUCCAGGUUACCAGCUAAUCUUCCCUCACCAGUUGGGGAUCUCAAUGGUAUGUUCUCGAUCGCCAACCCUACUCAACCAACGGGUAGCUUUCCCCCGAGAGCUCCUUAUGGUGAUGUGCAGUAUACCAUACCACAAAAUACUUUAUGUUCACAGCCGAUGGGAGCAGCCCAAAGGAACAUUCACUCUUUCAGACCCAUCAGUCAGCCAUCCUACCAAGCCACAGCCAGUCAGGGUACCCGCUUCAAGCCAGUUCAACAAAACAACAGUGUAAACUGUCAGGUCACAAGUCCGCACCAAAUACAGCCAUCCUACCAAACCACAGCCAGUCAGGGUACCCACUUCAAGCCAGUUCUACAAAACAACAGUGCAAACUGUCAGGUCACAAGUCCGCACCAAAUACAGCCAUCCUACCAAGCCACAGCCAGUCAGGGUACCCGCUUCAAGCCAGUUCUACAAAACAACAGUGUAAACUGCCACGUCCCUUGUAAUAACACCUACAUUAACAACAUCUACGCAUGGUCCCCACCCGUCGCUAACACAGCCCCAUGCAGCAGUCUCACCAAUACUUCAUACAUCCCACAAACGAACCUCUCUCCAAACCAAACCAUCCAAGUGGUCUCUCCGAUCUCACAACGCAUCGUCCCACGGUUCCUUCCCAAACACCCUCAGAUAAAGUACAUCUCGAAUACCUCAAACAACAUCCAGCAGAAUGCAAGAGUUGUGCCGAAGUUUACGCCAAUCAAGAGAGCAAACAUCCAACCAAGGAGGCCGACCGGUGUGUCUGCGUUCACAACUGAGAGCAAUCCACCCAUAUCGACGGAUGACGCCACUUUACCUGAAAAAGCUCAGCAAGUUGCAGUAACGGGAUUGAAUCUUGGUGUUUCUAAACCAGCGAUCACGCCAUCAUUCAGACGCAAAGAGCCGUCACACACCUCCAACCUCACUCCCCAGGUGAAAAGGACUCAGCAGACGCUCGAUGCCCUGAUCAGAAAGAAAUCGGAAACUCCAAAACCAAACCAGGGAGGUGGCAAGAGUGUGAAGCGAAAACCAAAGGAGGAUGGAGUGGAAGUUCCAACUGCCAGCAAGAAACCACGCAACAAGCCUAAACUACAGGAAGGAAUUGACAUCACGUCUCUGGCUGUUAAUGACCAGCUUUCUAAGGUGAACACCAUCACGUUGGCAACCUGGCUGAAAGACAAAGGAAUUGGGAUCAAAUCUAAAGACAAAAAAGCAGACCUCAUCCAGAGAGUCAUGGAGUACAUCCAUUUAAACUCCACGGAGGAUUAAAGGAGAUAAUCCCCUCACAAAAACAAUCAUCUAGACAUCUGCUAAUCCCAAAUGAUACAACAGUUCAAAAAAUACCCUCUGAAAUGAGAUCUCAAGGAAAUUUUUUCUGUAAGUAAUCAAGAAGAGUCUGCCUUUCCUUCACCUCUUCCUUCAGAAAGUCGUGGAAUACAUCAAUUUAAACUCCACAGAGGAUUAAAGGAGAUAAUCCCCAAAAGAAAACAAUCAUCUACUACUAUGUUUAUAUACUCCUAGUGAGAAGACUGGUCUUUGACAAUUACCAGUAGUGUCCACUACCUUUAAGAGCAUCAGACUAUUUGAGGUUUUUAACCAGUUUCAAUGACAUACAUUCAUAAACGUCACCAAACAAAAUGGACUACAAAGAAAGUUUCACAUUAAACCAUUCAUUUAAUAUGCAACAGCCAUAUGUGUACCCACUUUAAAUUUGAACUUGCACUUGUUUCAGUUUGGCAAAAUUUGUGUCCAUUGAAAUACAUUUCAUGACAGGUACGGUGUUUAUUAUCUACUAAAACUCUAUUAGAACUUCUGACUUAAAAGUGCUAUAGUACUAAAGUGUUAAUAUAAUAAUAGUACCAAAAGAAGAUUAAUAACCCAAUUAACAAAAACACAUCUUAGGGACUUUUAGUCGAAAGAAUAAUCAAGUUUUAUCACAAACUUCAUAUAGACGCCACGGAGAAAACAAGUUGAUCUACUAUGGACCCCUUAUACUCAUAACAAGACCACACCCAUCCUAGCGCCUCUGGCAUGCCUGGGCGGAGUUUUGGGUUCGAGCGAACUCAAAGUUUGAUAUUUUUAGUUCUUAGAAAUAGUUGACCUAAAUCUAUAAUGCUGUACAUUAUAUUUGAUUCUUUAACAUUCCAUGAAUGUUUUUAAAAAUAAAUGUUCAUAGCAAAUAUAACAAUUUCUGUAAUAAUGGUGGUUAAAUGGAAAACAAAUGAAACAAAUUAACGCUUGUUAAUUUCAAUAUAAUCAUUAAAUUUUUGUCUUAUAAUUAAUUGUUAUUUACUUUAAUAUAUAUUUGUUUUAAUUAUGUGCAAAGCAUACAUGAUUUUAUAAAUCUUCUUAUCUGAGGGUAAUUUUACGACUCUGCCUGCUGCACAAUUCUGCGCUUACGCCACCAUUCACAAGUUAGUGAUGCAGAAUUUCUGCGUUAGCUGUGUUGGCGAACAAUGUGUGGUAUCGUGUUUGCAAGCACAACAAAUUACUUGUUAACCUACAUGUAUGAAAAGCACUUUUUGUAAGCGCCAAACUAUUUGGCUUUUUUUAGUCGCUAAUGUUUUGCUCACAGUAAGCAGAGCCAUGAGAUUGGACCCCAAUAGCUUUUACUUCACCUAAUACAUAUUCAUGAACGAGAGUCGAGUUCUCAUUGGUUCAUUCAUCAUCACGUGCCAGGUGUUAAUUUUGCUAAUUACCAAGCGCACGUGAGU